GUGCAACGCACCUAACACGUACUUUAAAAAGUAGGUUGCGUGGUCAGCAGUGGCCGCGCAUCGAUUAAGUUUUAACAUAAUAAUUAUUUAGUGCAAUUUUCGGAACCAUCGCGACCGGGUGCAUUCGAACAUUUUAACAUUGUAACUAUGUCCUAGUUAACGUAAUAAACAUUUUCACUCUCCUUCGGACUUUAACAUUCAUUCGCAAUCCCGUACCUCAACAAAUGGUCCUUCGAGCGUUGGACCUCGCGCGUCGUUUCUAGUAACAUUUAGGAGAGACGGGUGAGGUUAUCGAACUGGUGAACAUUUUGGAGCGUGUGAGCAGUGUACUUUGGAGUGUGAGGAUUGCAGUGAUUAGAGGAGAGGACAACAUCAACAUUAACAUUGGGGGAGGCUGAGGCGGCAGCUCUGACCCUAGAACACCAACUAUAGCGAAGUCUAACAAGUAAGAUCUUUCCUUUUUGACUAACAUCGUAAGGCGUAACUAACAACAUGGCAGAUAAAUACGAAAAACAACAGGAGAUAAGGGAGCGUAUGUUACGAUUACGGGAGAAUUUUAAGAAAGAUGGAGCAGAUAGAAAGUCUAAACCUGAAUACUUUAAAAGCCGUUCCGAUCAGCUAAAUGAUUUGUGGACGGAGUUUCUGAUUAUACAUGAACGUUUCGGACAGGAGGAGAGUAGGUCUCACAAAUACUUUUUUAACAGAUGCUACGAACGAACAAAAGAAGUAUAUGAGGAGGUGACUAGUUUGAUAAACACCGGUUAUCAACAACUUACUUCAACAUUAGCGGGUUUACCUGAAACAGUAGCGGGGUGUUCCGUCGCUAACCCUCGACAACAGCAACAGCAAGGGGAGAGUAGCGGCGAGAACACGCCACCCGGAGAUGAUGAACAAUUUGGUCAGGGACAGCAGAAACAACAAGAUAGAGGCCUGAACAGUAGACUAGACGAAAUGUAUCGCAAACAAGGAGUCAAUAUUAAGGCGUUUUUACGCACAGUAUGUAACAUAAACAUUGAGAUAUUAACAGAUAAGUGGGAGCUAGACGAUGCCUUAAAAACUUUGGAAUCUCGUUGGUCAGUUAUAGAUUAUUUACAUUGGGAGAUUGAGAGUGAGGCUACACAUUCCGAUUUGACGUAUCAAUCUAUGUUUGAUAAACAUGAAAAAACAUUUAACAGUCUGAAAAAAGAAAUAAACAAGAAAAUAUGGUCAGUCGCUCAUAGGGAAAAGUCCACUCCGAUGCUGGACAUUCCAACGUUUUAUGGAAAUUACAACACCUGGGUAUCUUUUAAAGAUCUGUUUAAUGAAGCCAUACACAAAAACACGACUUUAUCUAAUGCCCAGAAGAUGCAGUUUUUAAAGAGUAAGCUGAAAGGGGAAGCGGAGAGACUAAUCCAACAUCUACAAAUAAGCUCUGAUAACUACUUAGUUUGCUGGGAGAUAUUAAACAACCGUUACAAUAACACUAAACUCAUUUUUACUUCUCAUAUUAAUAUUUUAUUUGGACUUCCUAACAUGCAACAACAAUCGAUGGGACAGAUAAAGAAAAUGUAUGACACCACCACUGAGUGUUUACAUGCCAUAAGAAAUCUAGGGAUAGACAUUAGUACGUGGGACCCCAUAUUAGUACACAUUUUGUCUCAAAAACUAGACACUGAGACACACAAAGACUACAUUGAGUCUUUAAAAAAUUCACGAGAACUACCAGUCUUACAGGAGUUUUUAGACUUUAUAGAAAGCAAAUUUACCACUCUAGAGUCAUCCAGGCGUAAACAAGACCCUUCGCCUCAUAAAACACACCCUCAUCAACCGGUACAAGUAACUAAAAAACCAUUUCAAAACUUUAACAAUCGAAAUAAUAAUUAUAAUUACAAUCAGAACAACAACCACGGUGGAGCGAGCCGAAACCACGGAAGUCCACCAGUUGCGAAAUCAUUUCAUGUAUCCGGUUUUAAAUGUCCUCUAUGUAAAAACCCACAUGGAAUUUAUAAUUGCAGAUUCUUUUUGCAAAUGCCUGUAGAAAAACGAUAUUACACGAUAAACAGAUUAGCGCUUUGCGUUAAUUGCCUGUUUAGUCAUAAUGGAAAUGUCUGCAAUUCAACAAAAGCGUGCAAUAAGUGCGGCGGUCAGCAUAACACACUCAUUCACGAGGCUUGUGUUAACGCGAACGCGACACCGGGGACGUCAACCUCUACGUCAUCGGGUAAUGCAAGUCACUUCAAGCGGGAAUCAAAACACGUGGUGAAUGCUUCACAUGUUUCACCAGAUGAUUAUUCGGAGAUUUUGUUAGCAACAGCACUUAUAAAGGUAAAAGGAGCAGAUGACUCAUCUCAUACUUUGAGAGCUCUUAUAGAUCAGGGCUCUCAAAUCUCGCUUAUAACGGAACAGGCCGCGCAGAUGCUUAACUUGAAGAGAGAGAGAUGUCAAGGAGUUAUAUACGGAGUAGGUCAAAGAGAAAACAAUUGUAAGGGGAAGCUUAACAUUACUUGCACCUCCAUGUAUAACAAUUACAACUUUACAGCUGAAGUAAUAAUUAUGAACAGCUUAAUAAAAAACCUACCUAACAAAACUUUCACAAAACCAUCUUGGCCUAUAAUACAGAACAUAAAUUUAGCGGAUCCAGAGUUCUACGUCAGUCGGCCAGUAGAUAUACUACUUGGAGCAGAUAUCUACUCUAACAUUCUCUUAGGCGGGAUGAUAAAAAGUGAGGAGGCAUCUCAGCCUAUGGCACAACAAACACAACUUGGCUGGCUAUUGUGCGGCAAUGCAAAAACAUAUCAUUGUAAUGUCGUAAUUAACAGUUUAGAGGAUAUUAAACAGUUCUGGGAGGUGGAGGAUAUUGCAGAAGAAGGAGAUUUAUCUCAGGAAGAUAUAACAUGUAUUAAACAUUACCAAGAAAACACGAAAAGACAGAUAGACGGAAGAUAUGUAGUCAGUUUACCAAUGAAACCAAAUUUUGAAACAGAACUCGGAGAAUCAAGGACAAAAGCCAUAGCUCAAUUUAGAAACACAGAAAGGAAGUUUGAAAGACAAGAGAAAUUAGCUCAGGCCUAUAAAACAUUUAUGACAGAGUAUAGCGAAUUAGAACAUAUGACACCGGCGAAGUACAACAGCUCAUCUCUAGAGUGUUAUCUGCCUCACCACGGAAUAGAACGCGUCGAAUCUACAACUACAAAAUACAGGGUGGUAUUUAAUGCCUCCGCUAAAACAUCUACAGGUCGUUCACUUAAUGACUUGAUGUACACUGGGCCCAACUUACAACAGGACCUGCAGUCAUUGUUAUUAAAGUGGAGACAGUAUGAAUACGCCUUUACUGCGGACAUUGAAAAAAUGUACCGACAAAUAUUGGUGAACGAGACAGAUCAACAACUCCAAAAGAUCAUCUGGAGAGAGAGCCCUGAACAACCGUUGCAAUCUUUUCAAUUAACAACAGUAACAUAUGGCACGAAAGCAGCACCUUUCUUGGCCAUGAUGACGCUUCGGAAGCUGGCCGCAGACGAGCGAGCCAACUAUCCAAAUGCAGCGAAGGUAGUAGAGGAGUCGUUCUAUAUGGACGAUCUGGUUCAUGGAGCGCACUCUAUCGAACAAGCACAAAAACUUAUUGUGGAAUUAGACAAGCUGUUACAAUCAGGAGGUUUUCAUUUACGGAAGUGGUCGGCAAAUAAAGAAAAAGUACUAGAAAAUGUUACGAACAUACACCAAGACGAUGAAACAAUUUUUAAUUUUAAAACAGAUAAUGUAUCCAAAACAUUGGGCUUAUGCUGGAACCCAAAAAAUGACACGUUUUCAUUUAAAUGUAACAUUACACAACAAACAUCCAAACCCACCAAACGCAAUCUUUUAUCAGAAAUUUCAAAACUGUUUGAUCCCUUGGGUUGGUUAGCUCCGGUGAACACUAAACUGAAAAUAAUAUUUCAAAGGGUUUGGAAAGAAAACACCCACUGGGAUGAACAGGUGUCAGAUGAGAUUUAUGAGAUGUGGUCGAAAGUACAGUCAGACAUUGACCGAAUAAAUGAAUGUCAAAUACCGAGGUGGAUAGCAUCUAACGAGUGUGACGUCAUUGAGCUGCACGGCUUCUGUGAUGCGUCCAUGGAAGCCUACGCAUGUGUAGUAUACGCUAAAAUGAAAAACAAACCUACUGUGGUACUCAUCGCGGGAAAAUCAAAACUUGUACCUCAUAAAAAAUUGUUAACAUUACCACGACUUGAAUUAAGUGGCGCAUACCUAUUAACAAAACUUAUCACUAAAAUUAAACAAUCACUAAAUCAACACAAAACAGAAAUAUUUGGCUGGACAGACUCGAAAAUAGUGCUUGGUUGGCUACAAGGACAACCAAAUCGUUGGAAACCCUUUGUUGCCAACCGGGUGAAACAGAUACAAGAAGUGAUGCCUGAAGAGCAGUGGCGAUAUGUCAAAUCAUCUGAAAACCCUGCGGAUGCUGCGAGCCGAGGACUGACCGCAUCGCAGUUGAUAGAACAGUCGUUGUGGUGGCAGGGACCGACAUGGCUACCUACGUUCAUACCUCAACCUGAAAAACAAACUUAUAACACUACAGAAGAAGAGAAGAAACAAUCAGCAUGCAAUACUAUUCAAAUAAACACAGAAAACUUAAUUGAUAAUUUAUUACAAAAACAUAACUCAUUUACUAAAGUGCAGCGAAUCGUGACCUGGAUUUUGCGUGCACUGACCCCGCGACGUCACACACCUACUACAUCAUAUCUCACAUUACAAGAGUUGCAGAAAGCUAAGUUGCUUAUAAUAAAACACGAACAAAUGAAUGAAUUGGGAGCGGAAAUAAAACAUUUACGUAAACACGGCACAGUAGAUACAAAAAGCAAACUUUUAAAUUUAAAACCUUUUAUUGAUCACGAAAACGUCUUGCGAGUUGGAGGUCGCUUGGAAAAAGCUAACAUUUCGGACGAAAUGAAACAUCCUAAAAUUAUCCCGAAGGAUACCCGAUUAGCCACUUUGCUAAUCGACCAAGCUCAUAAGCAAACUUUUCACGGAGGUGCGCGUGUAACUAUGGCGAAACUAAGACAAGAAUACUGGAUAACAGGUGGCAACAAUGAAGUGAAGAAGCAGAUCAGAAAAUGUGUAACCUGUCGUAGAAAUGAAGGAAGAACACAGAAACAGUUAAUGGGAGAUCUACCAGCUGCACGUGUCAAUCAAGCCAGCCCCUUUUACCAUACAGGGGUGGAUUAUACAGGACACGUGGACGUCAAGGCCAACAGAGGACGCGGAGCAAAAACCCUAAAAGGUUACAUUGCCAUUUUCAUUUGUAUGGUCACCAAGGCUGUGCAUUUGGAAUUGGUAACGGAGUUAACAAGUUCGGCGUUCCUUGCUGCGCUUCGACGGAUGGCUGCUAGAAGAGGAGCUCCACGUCACUUAUAUAGUGAUAAUGGGACAAAUUUUGUGGGUGCGAACAGAGCCUUACAAGAAAAAUUUCAACAAUACGAAGACAUUUUUACUGACAGCUUUAUGACAGAAAUUACUGAAAUGAAAAUGGAAUGGCAUUUCAAUGCCCCGGCCUGGCCGAGUGCUGGAGGACUGUGGGAAAGAGCAGUACGCAGUCUAAAACACCACCUGAAACGUGUAGUGGGUGAACAAAAACUAACAUUCGAGGAGUACUCGACGAUCUUAGCGCAGCUGGAAGCCUGCCUUAACUCACGCCCACUGUGCUCACUAUCUGAAGACGUAAACGACAUUGAUUUUCUCACACCAGCCCACUUUCUUAAUGGAAGACCAGGAGUGACGAUAAUUGAAACAGAUGAAGAUGCGAGGACUAGGUGGCAUUUAACACAGAAGUUAUUCGAAGACAUCUGGAAGAAGUGGAAAUUUGAGUAUUUGAGUCAGUUAACCGCAAGAAGGAAGUGGCAAACUCCGCAACGCAAUCUGGAAAAAGGAGACGUAGUGGUAAUACACGAGGAAAACUUACCGCCAGGGAAAUGGGCGCUGGGUAGAGUUGUAGAGGCUCAUCCUGGACCUGACGGUUAUGUAAGAGUGGUGACGUUGAAGACGAAAAAUGGCACGAUUAAAAGACCCGUAGUGAAGUUGUCUAUCUUACCCCUAGAAACAGCUGAAAAAGAACAGAAACAGAAAGAGAAAGAACAGAAAGAAAGAGAGCAGAGGAAAACACCUAAAAAACAAAGCAUUUUGUCAACAAUUAUGAUGUUCAUGUAUUUUAUGACUAUUUUGGCAACGGGCAAUUGUGUGAAUGUUACUCCAUUAAACAGAACCCAAGGAUUAUAUUUUGACAAAAUUGGAAAACUCGAAAUCAUUAGAGAUGAAUGGAAAUUAGUUGCAUACUAUGACUUAGAACCCUACUGGGAGGGCACAGAGGCAUACAUGAAAUACAACGAACAGUUGGAAGCUAUCUGUCACCAAGUAAAAACAUUAGCUCACUGUGAUAUUAUAAUGUUACAAUUACGUCACAGUUAUGAGGAACUACAACAUUACAAUCGCAUAUUAUUAAAAAACCAAUUGAAACAAAAUACGAGAAAACGGCGUGGCCUGAUAAACGGUGUCGGGUAUCUAGCAAACACAUUGUUUGGCGUAUUAGAUGACCGAUUCGUAGAACAAUACGAAAAGGACAUUGGUCUGAUCCACCAAAACGAGAAACAUCUAGCAGAACUGUGGAAAAACCAAACUUCCAUAGUUGAAGCUGAGUAUAACCUUCUGAAACGAACUGAAAUUACUAUACAAAAACAACACAAAAUGAUAAACCAACACUUAAUCAACCUAGAAAAGGCAACAAACGAGAUGAAAUUAGCGAUUUCCGCAUCAGAACAUAUGGCUCAAUUCACGAUUGUAGCGAUGGCCACCAAUAACUUGUUAACACAUCUAAGAAACAUACAGGAAUAUUUGAUUGAUACUAUCACAAAUGUGUACGAUGGAAGAAUGAACAUACAUACUAUAGACCCACAACAACUUCAACAAGAAUUGAACAUCAUUUCGGGACAGUUAAACAGCGACCUAACUCUCCCAAUCGACAACAUACAGAGAAAUCUUGACAGUAUCUACCGACUGUUAAAAAUAAGAGCAAGGAUAACUGACCACUACAUGAUUUUUGAGAUACGAAUUCCACUCAUAAGUCGAGACAGUUAUGAUCUAUAUAAUCUUAUCUCAAUACCAAAGAGUGUCGGCGAAAACAUGAUAUCUCUUACUCCUAUAGAAAAUCACGUGGCAAUGAACCUACAGAAAGACGCAUUUUUGCCUAUAGUUGAAACUGACCUACAACACUGUUUAUCACGAGAUACUGCAAUGUAUAUGUGUUACAUAAAAGAACCGAUCUACAAAAUGUCAUCAGAUACGGAUCUCUGUGUGAAAGAUGAGACACGACAAUGUAAACAAACUAGAAACCUGUGUCAGAACAAAUGGAUGAGUCUAUCGACGCUUAAUAACUACUUUUAUUUCUGUUGCGAUCGGUGUCAAUUGCGAACUCACUGCAUGAGUCAAGUUACGUCACAAACAUUAACAGGAGCGAAUAUAUUGAGCAUGAAUGAAAACUGUAUUGUAAAAACAGAUAAUUUUUCUAUACAUACGCAUCAAACAAUGUCAAAUAGAAUAGACUUGGCCUCCGAUAUAAAUGUACCAAAGAUAGACCCCAUAAAUAAUAUUAUAAACAUUACGAUCCCUAAGUUUGAGCAUAACCUGACCUUCAACGACCAGAAGGAACUGCUAAACAUUGAAGAACAAAUAAAGACAAUGAAGGAAAGUCAGCCUAUAUCAGAGGAUUUUUCCGUCCACGACGUGCACCAAUACGCCGCUAUUUACGUCCUUUGGGGCAUAGUGGCGCUGGUGCUACUGGUCAUCGUGGGUCGCAAAGUGAGGUGUCUGAGGCAGCCGGCGGCGUCGGUGGCCACGGAGCAGCGCCUGGGGCCGGCGGCCGGGAGUGGCGCAGGGCGCGAGCCCGGCCCGCAGCCCGCCGCCCGCCACACCCCCGCGCACGCCGACAUCUACAGUGUUAUUGGUGAAAAGUGUGGUGAAAAUAGUGCGCGAGUGCAAGUGCGGGAGUGUAUCAAUGAUGAAGUGCGCGAAAGUGAUAAAAUUAGGAAUGUGAAGGGAGGUGUAACGGACAAAACCACCUCUCCAGUUUUUAGAAAAAUUUCUUUUGAAUAAGUUUAACAUUUUUAUCUUUUAUUUUUGUACUUAACUAUUAACAUUUUAUAAUUUUUAUACGAAUCGUAUGUAUUGUUACUGUUUGUUACAAUCACGAUACACUUGUUAACAUUUUGAAGUAAGUUCUCAUCUCUUCGUCUGCCCCCGGCAAGAUGUUCGGUGCAACGCACCUAACACGUACUUUAAAAAGUAGGUUGCGUGGUCAGCAGUGGCCGCGCAUCGAUUAAGUUUUAACAUAAUAAUUAUUUAGUGCAAUUUUCGGAACCAUCGCGACCGGGUGCAUUCGAACAUUUUAACAUUGUAACUAUGUCCUAGUUAACGUAAUAAACAUUUUCACUCUCCUUCGGAC